AUGGAGGAAUCAAAUACGGCGCGGGAUCAUUUGCCAUCUAGCAGUGACCCAUCCCUGACCAAGUCAAGUGUCAACCUAGAUAAAGCAACAGUAUCCGAAUUAUUUGCAAAGCUCCAGAUAGCAGAGAGCCAAAGUGACAAUGGCAAGGAAGCAAAAGAUAUCGAAUCUUACAAGUUCUGGAAGACACAGCCAGUGCCAAAAUUCAAUGAGGAUGGUGGUAAAACAAAGGGAGGGCCGAUCAAGGUGAUCAAUCUAGACGAAGUGCCAAAAGGUCCCUACCCACUAUUAGACGGCUUUGAGUGGGGAACAAUCGACCCAGAGGAUGAGAAGGAGGUGGGCGAGCUGCAUGAAUUACUGUCAAAUCAUUACGUCGAGGAUGAUGAUUCGACCUUCCGACUCAACUACUCGCCGGUGUUUUUGAGAUGGGCCUUAACUGCUCCAGGCUGGCAGAAGCAAUGGCACAUCGGAGUGCGCGCUUCCGCAUCGCAAAAACUAGUCGCCUUCAUUAGUGGUUUGCCGGCCAACAUCAAUGUUCAUGCACAAACGAUUAAGGUGAUCGAAAUCAACUUUCUGUGUAUUCACAAAAGACUUCGCUCAAAGCGUCUGGCGCCACUCUUGAUCAGGGAGAUUACCCGGCGCUGCUACCUCCAAGACAUCUACCAGGCCAUCUAUACCGCUGCGGCAGUCUUGCCCACUCCGGUGGCAUCAUGCCGAUACUAUCAUCGCCCCCUGAAUUGGCUCAAACUGUGCGAGUCCGGCUUUUCGCACCUGCCAUCGAGCUCCACAAAGGCCCGACAGAUUGCAAAGUAUCAUCUGCCAAGCACUACCCAAACACCGGGCCUGCGCCUCAUGCAAGCGGAUGACCUGGAUGCCGUCCAUGAGCUGCUGGGGCGAUAUCUGCAGCGAUUCGAUAUCAGUCCAACAUUCAGCAUAGACGAACUCAGGCAUUUGUUGUUCUUUGGAGCCGGCCAGGCGAAAGAAGCCUCUAGCAAACGGGUGGUAUGGGCAUAUGUUGUGGAAGAUCUAGAAACCCGGAAGAUCACGGAUUUUGUCUCCUUUUACUCCAUCGAAUCUGCGGUGCUCUCGCACUCCCAGAAUGACGUGAUUCGAACCGCAUAUCUGUAUUACUAUGCAUCGACGGACAGCACUCCGAACCUUCAGCAGCGCGUUCAGGGUCUUAUCAACGAUGCCCUUAUCUUGGCAAAAAAGGCUCGGUUUGAUGUGUUCAAUGCACUUCAGCUCCAGGACAACGAUCUAUUCUUAGAAAAGCUUCGUUUCAGCCCUGGCGAUGGCCGCCUUCAUUACUAUCUCUUCAAUUACCAGGUAGGUCCAGCGGUCAAUGAAGAUGCAUCAGAUUGCUUGGACAGCCAGAGGCCUGGAGGUAUGGGCGUGGUCAUGUUAUAG